GUCCUUCCAGAGCUGUCUGGGGCGUGGGCCUGGCCGGAAAUGUCAAGAAGAGGACACAGGCUGCAAGGCUAGCUUUGUGCUUGGCCUUGGCCUCGACCUCAAAGUGUACCAAGGCCUUCACCAAGCACAAAGGCUUUCAGGAGCUGUGCGAGAUGGUGGGCGUCGAGCUACAGGCAGAAAAAACGGUCUAUGAGUAUGUCGAGAAGGAGCAGAAUUCCCAAGAUGCUCGAGAUAGGGAGGAAGAGUCGCGGGAGGAAGAGUCAGAGUGGCGCGAGGAAGGGUGGCGGGAGGAAGAGUGGCCCCAAAAAGAACCUCCUUGCAAGAAGUUCAAGGGCGCACAAGCCAGGGGAGGGCCGGCCCAAGAUGAAAAUGCUCCAAUUCCUAGAGACACACCUCACUGGAUUUUCCUCGACGAGCUUCCUGAACAUAUGGAGGGCUAUGUGCAGCAAGGUCUUGUCUUGGCAACUGAGGGGAACACAAGGAAGGCCUUGUAUAGCACAGCUGAUGACGCAUUGGGUCAUGUGUUAGUGGAGGACGAUGUGCUCUUUGAGGAUGAUGCUGACUGGACAAAGUUCCCAGAGAUUGCAGCAGCGCUGAAGACCUUGGGCGAUCGUGAGGAGUGCAUCACUCUCGCAAUGUCACCUUCCCGGGCACAGUGGGGUAUUGGAGUGAGUAUGAAAGGCACCUUGCGGCACCGCGCAGCCAAGUUGGCCUUGGCAGCGCAUUUGGCUCUGGAGCAAGCGGAGUUUGGCGAGGAGUUGCCAGAUCUCUCUGACGUAGCAUCAUUUGCAGACUUCGUAGAGGAAGCGCGUGACAGCCGUUCAUGA